AUGUUCCUUCAACGCUCUGCCGUAGCUGCUGUGAGGCGUGCGGCCCCUCGCGCCGCGGCCCGACGCACCUUCGUCAGCUCCAUUGUGCGCCGCGACGCAAGCAAGGAGAACCCUCCCUCAUCGGGCCCUCGUAGCCUUCUCGAGGGAUAUAAGAAGCUCGAGGAUAUCAAGACCACUGAGGACCUUCUUCCUCCUGGUGCGAAACCCGGAACCGUCCCCACCGAUCUGGAGCAGGCCACUGGCUUGGAGCGUCUCGAAAUCCUGGGAAAGAUGCAGGGCAUCGACGUCUUCGACAUGAAGCCAUUGGACUCCAGCCGUGUCGGUACCCUUGAAGAUCCCAUUGUGGUGAACUCGGCCGGCGAGGAGCAGUACGUUGGUUGCACUGGGUGCCCUGCUGAUUCUCACCAAGUUCUCUGGAUCACUUUGACGCGUGAGGAGCCCGUCGCGCGUUGCAUGGAAUGCGGAUCUGCAUACAAGAUGCACUACAUCGGCCCUCCGGAUGACCCGCAUGCGCACCACGCCGAGAACGCCUACCCCAGGCCCAAGAAUAUGGCCGACUUCAUCAAGCCAGAGUAUGCUAACUUGUAG